UUUAUGUUGAAAGUGUAGCGUUGGAAUGCGUUCUUUCCGUUUCCUGUGACAACAUAUCGUCUGAGAUAAGCUAAGCGUGCUUAUGUCAGAGCAAAACAGCGUUUGCUAGCCAGCGCAAAUUAUAAAUUGUUGCAUUUCUCCCUUCACCCACGGAGGAAAACAUGUCAGAUACGGAAACAAAACCUUCUAGUCAAGACUGUGGGGAUAAGAAGGAUGGAGAGUACAUCAAAUUGAAGGUGAUUGGACAGGACAGCAGUGAAAUCCAUUUUAAAGUGAAGAUGACAACACAUCUGAAAAAGCUGAAGGACUCUUACAGUCAGAGACAGGGUGUCCCAGCAAAUACACUAAGGUUUCUGUUUGAAGGACAGAGAAUUGCAGAUAAUCAAACUCCAAAAGAGUUGGGAAUGGAAGAUGAGGACGUCAUUGAAGUAUAUCAAGAACAGACAGGCGGACUUUGGAAUGAUUAAACCUCUCUUGUAUUCAUACUUUUGAUUUUGUAUUUAGUUUUUUUUUUUAAUGAAUGCGUUUUGUUCACUUUCAAACCAUCUGGGUCAAAACUAUCUGGGCUUCCAUGCAUCGGGACAGAAAGGUGAGAAUGAGGACUCGGGGAGAAUGCAAAUGAGCUUACUACAGAUGCCACAUCAUGACACAACUAUGAUUUAUUUGUACAGGUGUCUUUCUGUUUUUACGUCUCUCAAGUAAGCCAUGUGCUGUAAUGUCACACAAAAUAUUUCAGCAGCAGCACCAGGAUGUAAACAUUGCAGCAUGUAACUAAGUGACAUCCUAUUUUUGAUGUACUUUAUUUUGUGCAUCACAUUUCCCUAGUACAGAAUUUUAAAGUCCCAUUGCUUGGUUUGAGAAAAGUGAUGUAAAAGUUUGUCAAAGAGACCGCUGUCCACAUUUGCCACUGUUUCCCAUGAAAUGUAUUUUUUAUUUUUUUUGGUAUUGGUAUUGAAAUGAUUGCAAUACUAUUUUUUUAUGAUAAUGGUAUAUGUGCUUGUACAUGUUACUGUUAGUUUUAGUGUUGAUAAAACCAUGUUUAUCUUC